UGCUGAGCCGUGCUAACCGUAUCCCGCCCGCCGUGCUAACGAUGCCCAGCUCAACGUUAUAGCUGCAGGACUGAAGUUAGACAGCACCAUACCCUGAUACCAGACCCGAUCUCCCGCUGUCCCCCCUUCAGGUCCCUUGUCAUCCCUGCAGCAUGGAGCGCUCCGGCAGCAUCCAGCUGGACAUCCCCGACUUCAGCAACUCGGUGCUGUCCCACCUGAACCAGCUGCGCGUGCAGGGCCGGCUCUGUGACAUCGUGGUCAACGUGCAGGGCCACAGCUUCCGGGCGCACAAAGUGGUGCUGGCGGCCAGCUCCCCGUACUUCCGGGACCACAUGUCUCUGGGCCAGAUGAGCACGGUGUCCCUGACGGUGAUCCGAAGCCCGCCGGUGUUCGAGCAGCUGCUGGCCUUCUGCUACACGGGCCGCCUCUGCCUGCAGCUCGCCGACAUCAUCAGCUACCUGACCGCCGCCAGCUUCCUGCAGAUGCAGCACAUCAUCGACCGAUGCACGCAGAUCCUGGAGGGCAUCCACCUGAAGAUCAGCCUGGCCGACCUGGAGGCGGAGCCGAGGAACGAGGAGGGGGGGCCGCCGCCAAGGGGAGCCAGCUCGCGGAGCGGCAGGACUCUGGAGGCCGUGGUGCGAGCUGGCGGCCUGCGGCUGCUGGGCCCCCGGGGGUCAGCGGAGGCGUGCGAGGCGGUCAGCCCCCCCGAGGAGCCGCUGAGCCCGGCGCCGCUGCCGCUGGAGGGGCCCGGGGCCGCGUCCAGCAGCCGGGGGGGCCGGGAGGGCCGGGAGGGCCGGGAACCCAUCCUGCGCAUCAACCGGGCCGGCCAGUGGUACGUGGAGACCAGUGGAGAGCCGGAGACCAGCGCCGAGGACGGGGAGCGGGAGGAGGAGGAGGGGGGGGGCACCAUGGUGAUCGACACCUCGGGACGCAGCUCGCUGCUGGCAGCGCCCGGAGGAGCUCAGCCCUCCUCCAGCUUCAGUGAGACGGACCGGUUCAGUCCCAGCGGCAGCGUGGUCGUCCUGUCAGAGCGCCAGAGAGCCAAAAGUGAGUCUCCGAGCCGGGCGGACGACCUGCGGCAGCCGAACUCACAGGGGGAGGAGCAUGCAGCGCUGGAUAUGGGCGGCUACGAGGACUACCUGCGGGAGCAGGUGGGCGACCGCUGGUUCCGCUACAACCCGCGGCUCACCUGCAUCUACUGCUGCAAGUCCUUCAACCAGAAGGGCAGCCUGGACCGCCACAUGCGCCUGCACAUGGGCAUCACACCGUUCGUCUGCCGCAUCUGUGGGAAGAAGUACACGCGCAAGGACCAGCUGGAGUAUCACAUCAGGAAGCACACGGGCAACAAGCCCUUCCACUGCCACGUCUGUGGGAAGAGCUUCCCCUUCCAGGCCAUCCUGAACCAGCACUUCCGUAAGAACCACCCGGGCUGCGCCCCCCAGGAGGCCCACAGCGCGUCCCCCGAGACCACCACCGCCUCCGUCACGUCCCGGGGCGGCCCCAGCGACGACGCCUCGCCCAGCCAGGACGAGCCCGAAGGUAGCGGGGGGGGCCCGUACGGCGAGGGCCCCCAGGCGUCUGUCUCCACCACGGGGCCCGACUGACCCCCGAGGGGCCCCCAGGCGUCUGUCUCCACCACGGGGCCCGACUGACCCCCGAGGGGCCCCCAGGCGUCUGUCUCCACCACGGGGCCCGACUGACCCCCGAGGGGCCCCCAGACGCCUCGGGGUCUGAACUGAGACGUUUCUGGGCUUUAAACCACAUCUACCUUCACUAACCAAACGGACAGAUUAAGCUAAAAUGAAGAAACGCCACACACUCCAACAACCUCACGCACCUCCGGCCACUUUAUGUUACAGAUUUCUACUUUUAUAUUCCAGGUGUUACAGGUUUUACAGAUGUUACAGACAGGGCUGGGUCUAAGAAAAUCCAUUCUCUGAUUCCCAUCGGUCUCCGUUUGAAUGAUCCGAUAGAGAGCGAGGGACUAAAACAGAAGCUCUUGUACCAUUUGAAACUGGCAGUUUUCUUUAAAGUUUUUGUCCUUUUUUUCCCAACUUUUUAUCCACCUUUUUCCAUGUUUUAAGCCCUGAGUUGGAUCUUUUAAUCUAGAUGUUGGUACAUCUGAAACUAGACGAUCUAAGGAUCCACGUCAGGAUGAACAACGCUCCAAAGUUAGGAGACAUGUUGAAGAGGGAGAUACAAAAGCACUCGUCUCUUUGUGUUUUUUUUUUACCCUCCAGGGUUCUUGUCGCUUUUUUUUCGUGUUUGUGUCCGACAGACCUCGGCCUCGGAGUCUGAACUGAGACGUUUGUCGGCUUUAAACCUUCACUAAUCAAACGGAACAGAUUCACACUCCAACAACCUCACGCAAAUUAGGAGAUAAUGUGGUGAUUUUUGGCGAGCCAGCCAGCCUUUUAAAA